CAAAACAAUAUCGAAUGAAUCAACUCCGUUGUAGAACUAAAAGAAAAUUGAAUCGCGCAGGAAGGGAUUAGAUUUCUAAUAAAACCUUCUCGUUUGUUUCCUUAAUUAAUCCUUUUUCAUUUCUUCAAAACCUAAACCACAAUGUUGUUUUCAACUUUGAGGCAUUUUCGUUUCUCCAAUUUUCCUCUUUUUCAACUUUCAAACCCUAAAUUCAUUCCUUGCUUCCAUUCUUCAUCAAUGCUAAUGCUAUACUCUCAAUUACAUCACCAACAAGAAGACCAACAUAAUCAUCUUGUUUCUUCAUUCAAUCAAUUACUACAUCAGAAUCCAACUCCACCCAUCUUCCAUUUUGGUAAGAUUUUAGGUUCUCUUGUUAAGUCCAAUCAUUACUACACUGUUGUUUCACUUCAUCGUCAGAUGGAACUAAAUGGAAUUGCUUCAAAUUUAGUUACUUUCAACAUCUUGAUCAAUUGUUUUUCUCAAUUGGGUCUAAACUCUCUUUCCUUUUCUGUAUUUGCCAACAUUCUUAAAAAGGGUUAUGACCCAAAUGCCAUAACUUUGACUACACUCAUCAAGGGUCUUUGUCUCAAAGGUCAGAUCCAUAAAGCAUUGAACUUUCAUGACAACGUGGUAGCACAGGGAUUUCAGUUGAACCAAGUUAGUUACGGGACCUUAAUCAAUGGGUUAUGUAAAGUAGGAGAAACAAGUGCAGCCUUGCAGUUGCUGAGACGAGUUGAUGGGAAACUGGUUCGACCUAAUGUGGUAAUGUACACUGCAAUUAUUGACAGUAUGUGCAAAGAUAAACUUGUUGAUGAUGCUUUUGAUUUAUAUUCUGAAAUGGUCGCUAAGACAAUUUAUCCCAAUGUUGUCACUUAUAGUACUUUAAUUAGUGGCUUUUGCAUUGUCGGUAAAUUGAAAGAAGCAAUUGGGCUUCUUAAUAAAAUGGUUUUGGAGAACAUCAACCCGAAUGCGUAUACGUUUAAUAUAUUGGUUGAUGCAUUUUGUAAGGAAGGAAAAGUGAAAGAAGCUAAUAAUGUGUUUGCUAUGAUGAUCAGAAAAGGUGUUAAACCUGAUGUUGUUACUUAUAACUCUUUAAUGGAUGGAUAUUGCUUAGUUAAAGAAAUGAAAAAGGCCAACGGUAUAUUCAACACCAUAGCUGCCCAAAGCGGAGAUGUUUUAAGUUACAAUAUUAUGAUUAAUGGAUUUUGUAAAGUUAAAAUGGUGGACGAAGCCUUAAAUCUCUUCAAAGAAAUGCAUUGUAGAAACAUUAUUCCUGAUGUGGUAACUUACAGUUCCCUUAUUGAUGGUUUGGGCAAAUCAGGGAGAAUCUCUCAUGCUUUGAAGCUUGUGGAUGAGAUGCAUGAUAGAGGUCAACCACCUGAUAUAGUUACCUACAAUUCUAUAUUUGAUGCUUUAUGCAAAACCCAUCAUGUUGAAAAGGCGAUUGCAUUAUUAACAAAAGUUAAGAACGAGGGCAUUCAACCAAAUAUGAACACAUAUACUAUUCUUAUUCACGGAUUGUGUAAAGUUGGAAGAGUAGAGGACGCGAGAAAUGUUUUUGUAGAUCUUUCAGUCAAAGGCUACAAUCUAAGUGUUUAUACAUAUACUGUUAUGAUCCAAGGGUUUUGCAUCAAGGGCUUGUUUGAUGAAGCGUUGGCCUUGCUAUCAAAAAUGAAAGACAAUGGUUGCAUUCCAAAUGCCAAAACUUAUGAAAUAAUUAUCCGUUGUCUAUUUGAUAGAGAUGAAAAUGAUAAGGCAGAGAAACUUCUACGUGAAGCUGUCGUGAGAGGUCUACUGUAAGAUUGAAACUAGUGUAUUCAACGUAUAGUAGAUCCCCAUCGCUUCUUCCAAGUCGCUGAUUCCAUCACCAGUCCGUUUUCAUCGCAAAGGAUUGAGCCAUCUUCCGUCGUGUUGCUGCUGCAGGUUGGCAUCGGUGUUGGCCUUGAUAUAAUUCCUGGUAAGGGUUUUCUCCAUCUUGGCUGAGCAGUAGUUGAUUGACAAUGGUUGUUAUUGGUAGUGUGGUUGCUGGUAGGAAUAGCGUUCAAAGUCCAGAGCUUUUUCCAAACUAAAUUUUGUUGUUGGUUACUUGAAGGACUAGCCUUUUCACUAUAUACUGCCCAUCUUUAGAGUGCAUCCACAUAAGUUGGUCAUCAAUUGGCUCUUUUAUUAAAGGAAGUUGUUUGAAUUGUUCUCCUUCAAAAGCUAAGAAUACUAACCAAUCGUUAGUUGGUUCAGCGGUGAUUGGUGCUGAACUUGGUAGGGAGGACCACGAUUCGAUCCCCACAACUGCGAUCGGAGGGGGCUAGAACCACUUGAUGCAAGAACUGACCCCCUAACCAGAUUAGGCGGUCCAGCGGGCCGGAUAAUGGUGGUGAACUCCAAAAACAAAAGAAUACUUGGUCGAUAAGAUUGACAUUCCACUCAGCCGAGGGUUGGAAAAGCAUAAGGUCAUUCCCAAUCUUCCAGCAUCCUCCCUUUUUAAGAAUCCACAAAGCUUGUUGAAUGCUCUUCCAGACAUAACUAGGUUUGUAUCCACUCUGUACUUGUAGAACAUCAGUAUUAGGAAAAUAUCUUGCUUUAAAAGGCUUUGUCCUAAUAAAGAAUUAGGAUUUGUGUCAAGUCUCCAUCCUUGCUUGGCCAACAUGGCCUGGUUACAAAGAUGCAUAUUCCUGAAGCCCAAACCUCCAUCAAAUUUUGCCUUAAAAAGAUCCUUCCUUCUUUUUCAAUGGAUUUUGUGGUUACCAUCCUUACUUCCCCACCAGAACUGACAUAUAGCCUUUUCAAUUUGCUCACAAACCUUUUUAGGUAGUAAAGAGCAACUCAGUAUAUAAAUACAAUUUGAAACAAAUGAACACGCACCAAUAUGGGACAAUAAUGCCAACGCUAACACUUUGUUGAUGAAUGAAAUAAUAUAACUUUGUAUAUUAAUAUUCUAAAGAAAAAUCCUUCAUUCUUUAUUUUGGCAUUUCAUUUGGGCCACUGUCAAUAAAGAGCCCAAACUGACGCAGUAUUUAGCAAACCUCAAUAAAACGACGUCGUCACGUACUUUAGAUUUGUCAAUUUUUAUUAUGGAUGAAAAAAUCAAUCUGUGAUUGUAAUAUAUGAUUUGUUUUUAGCUUUUUGAACCAA